CUUCUCUCUCCCUUCCUGUCUCUUUUAUCUCUCUCAACCCCCACCCAUUCCCUCCUUCUGUCUCUGCGGGACAGUCCAAUCUGUUAGCUUAGCCAUGGGGCUAAUGUCUUGACUGUAAGCUGAUUAGCUGUUGCUGAGCUGGUUUUUACCCUUUUAGCCUAGUAGUAGUUAGCGGUUAGCCGUUAGCCCUGGAGCUGAAGGAGGUGUGUGGAGAGGCUGAGCUCCAUCCACGCACGACUCGCUGUUUCUAUUCUGCUGAGAGAGAGACGCACGCAACAACUGCUGCAGCAGGUCGUACGAGGAGCAGCUCCCUCCCUCUGCACUUCUUUCUCUCUCCUCUUCUCCCUCUCUCUCUCUCUCUCUCUCUCUCUGAUGCAGCCUGACUCUCUCCCUCCCUCCCUCCUGUUUCUCUCCCCACUUCUGAGUGUAGCCUGUCCCGGGGCAACUGAAUGACUGCGUGUGUGCCUGCAUCACCUUGCAGUCAGCUUGCCUGCCUGUGGCGGACUACCUUAUACCUUUUAUCUCUUUCUCUUUCUCGCUCACUGUCUCUCCACUUUGUCCCUUACCUUUUUCUAUUUCUCCAUCUGUCCCGCUCUUUACCUCUCACCCCUCUUGGACUGGCAAAAUGUAUCGGAACCCGUGGAUCUCCAACUACCUGAGCCAUGUCAAGUUCUGCGGCCAAGGACUCGGGGGUGAGACACCCAUUAAACUCGGCAAGUCCAGACUGUUACAGAACAGAGCACUAAGCUUCCAGAAAGAGUUGUCGUUUGACGAAAAAGACGACCCUGCCAAGAACACCAAAGAUAUAGAUGUCAGUGUCUUGGCAAAUCUUCCCAAAGUUUCAGAAUUGAGGAAGCGCUUUGAAGGUAUCAGCACAAGCUCAAGUGACUGGGAAAUGAACAGGAAGGAGCGUAUCGCUCGGCGUCUGGAGGGGAUCGAGGGGGAGGUUCAGCCCGCCCUGCUGCCCAGCUGCGGGGGCCUGCUGACCCACCGCCUGCUGGAGGAAGACACCCCUCGCUACACACGCGCCUCCGACCUCUGUGAGCCCCGCGCUGUCACCGUCCAGCGGUACAGCCGUGAGGAUGACCCGGACGGCAUGGAGCUCCCUCCGUCUGACCACCAGCCCAGGACGCGCCACCGCCCCGACCCGCAGCCUGCGGUCAGCACGGAGCCCGCCUACAGCUCCACCGACAGCGCCCUGGAGGCGGAGUCCAAGGCGGAGCGCAUCGCCCGCUACAAGGCGGAGCGCCGCCGCCAGCUGGCUGAACGCUACGGUAUCUCCCUGGACACGGAGCCCGCCGAGCCCAAGGAUAACUCCUCCUCCGGCACGCGCCAGGCCAACGCUCGUGGGAACAAGGCCUCCGACGUCCCCGAGAGACACGCGCGCGGAGAGGCCGAGGACGGCCCCAAAGCGGCCCGCACCGACCCCGAGCCGGGGCGCCCCCGCCUGAACUCCCUCUCCGAGAGGGAGAGGGCCAUGAACCUGGAGAACCAGCGCAGGGCUCAGGAGAGGAGCGCAGAGCCCUCCUCCUGCUCCUACAUGGAUGUGACCUCCACGUCCUCGUCUUCCUCCGUCGCCCGGCCGCCCCCCAGGGACCAGGCCGUGGCGGGGAUGCCGCCCAGCUCGCCAAAGACGGGCCGGCGGCCGUCCCUCCCCUCGCCCAGGCAGGGCACGUCGCCCGGGGAUCUGUUCAUCGAACAGCAGGCCCACAACAUCCUCAGCAGACACGGCCCGGAGGUCAAACCAACUACCGAUUGGUUCCUCCAGACCGACUCUGAGGGCGACACCCACUCCCUUAUCAACUGGCCCUCCAGAAUCCGAGUUAGGGAACGUCUUGUCAGGGAGGAAGGCCAAAAGAGGAGCCCAGAACGGGGGAUUGUACCCGAGGCCCCCGUCUACCGGAGACUCCCCCACCCACAGACUUCCACACGACCCACAGCGCCCCAGGCCCAGGCCAUCCGGCGUGGGCAUGGCGAGGGGCCGGAGGGGGGUAGCUACCUGUCCAUGGCCACAGGCCCCAGGGCCUUGCAGGAGCAGCAGUCCAGGGAAGGAGAGGAGGCGGAGGGGGACACCGAGAAGGCCGACCAGGGCGAAGAAGAGGGGAAGGCGGAGGAGCUCCUGAAGAGCAGGAAAGCCGUCCUGCCCUCUGAGAUCCGCCGCAGGGAGAGGAGCACCGACGACCCUCGGCGUGGCAGGGCGGAGGACGAGGCAGCCAGGCCCAGGGGCCGCAGCCUGGGAACGGGGAUGGAAGCCGCGGGGCCCAGAGGGAGAUCCAGAGCUCGGCGGGGAGUGGAGGAAGACUCGGAGCCGCCCAGACCCACGGAGCAUGUCUCGCGCCUGCAGGCGGUGGAGGUCAGAGCCAGGGAGGGCCCUCAGAGGGUGGACCACCACAAAGCCAUCUACAUCCACAAAAGCCCCGCCCCCACCCACAUCCACCCCAGAGGGAGCUCAGCUUCCUCAGACCUCCCCAGCAAAGCCCUCAGUCGCUCCAUGUCGGACAUCUCCGUCCCCCGGGGGUCCUCCCAGAGGCAGCCGGUCCCACCUGGGGCCAGAGAGGAGGGGCUGGUUGACAGGGACGCCCCCCAGGAUGCCAGGAUCUCCGUGGCCCAGCUACGCCACUCCUACCUGGAGAGCGCCACCUCCAGCGCUGCCCCCGCCACCGUGUCCACCUGCAAGCCAGACCUAGAGGUGGAGAGAGAGUGGGUGGGCUGUGAGGCCCCCUGGAGGGGCGAGAGGGACCGGGGUCGCAGGCCUCGUCAGUACAUCCACCCUGGGGACAAUAGAAAGACCUCAGACAGGUUUAGGAGCCAGCCCAUCACCUACGCUGAGUGCCAGGAAACCCAUAGGUCUUGCGUGAGUUCUGAGCUGAACAGUACAGAAGAUGAAGAGAAGCUAGAUGAGCGAUCCAAACUGAGUGUGGCAGCCAAGCGCUCUCUCUUCAGGGAGUUGGAGAAGAGCAUCGAUGGCGGCGCCCCGAAGCUCCGGUCGCGGAACGCGGCGGUGGACAGGCGUCUGAGGAGAGGCCAGGAUCGCUCCCGCACCCAGCCCGUCACAACCGAGGAGGUGGUCAUCGCUGCCACUGUGCCAACCCCCUCCCCCCAUGAGGUGACUGUACACAGUGCUGUAGCUCGGGUCCCCGGCCCCUCCCUAGUAGGCUCCACCCUGGCACCCAACAGCCUGCAGGCGUCAUCGCAGCAGAGCGCGGCGGCCCGGGCAGCCCGUCAAUCCCAGGAUGCCUUGCAGCAGCAGCAGCAAAGUCAGCAGCGUUCCCAGGAGGCCAGUCCAGAGGAGGAGCCUGACCUCUCCACCCUGAGUCUUGCCCAGAAGAUGGCCCUGUUCAACCGCCUGGCACAGCCCGCCACACGGGUCACCCGCGCCCGGCCCGACACACGCCAGCGUCGCUCCAACGCCCGCUACCAGACGCAGCCAAUCACCUUAGGAGACAUGGAGCAGGAGUCAUCCUCCACAGAGCCCUCUGAGAAGGAGCUGAGUGACAGCCCGGUAGAAGCCUUCCUACAGGCCCCGCUCACGCAAAUGUCCACAGGCAUCAUUGCGGAGCUUCCAGAGCCCUGUUUGGCGUCGUCACCACAGACGAGAGCAGCGGCUGCCACAGCAUCGUCCUGCUCCAGGAGUGUUCCCCGGGCUGCACACACACAGGAGCCCUGCUCGUCUGCACCCCCCCCCGCCGAGGAGCCGGGUGCGGACACGCACACUGACGGCAGCGAACACAACCCCUGCCCGGUCCAGCUAGAGACAGGAGACGACCUGACGGAAGCCAUGUCGGCCAGACAGAUGUCCAUCAAAGAGAGACUGGCCCUGCUGAAGAAGAGCGGUGAAGAUGACUGGCGCAACCGCAUCAACAGGAAACAGGAUGUGGUCAAAGCUGCGGUGUCGGAGCAACACGUUCAACUCUGGGAGGUGGAGCAGAGCUUCAAGAAGAAGGACGAGGGGCCCAUGGUGAUCGAUGAGUUUGCCGUGGCGGAUCAACUCUGGGAGCCAGUCUUUGCCUCUACCUUCUCCCCUCCUCCCGAGCCCCCUAUCCACAUAACUCCCCAUGAUGCCCCCCCAACCCAGGCCGCUCCACCUAAACCCCUGCAGCAGUUGCAGGUGGAUGAGAGACAUCCUUGGAGAUGGAAGAGGAUGGGUGAGGAGCUGGAGGUGCAGCGUAUCGAGGCCCACAUGUCCAUCCAGGAGAGGAAGCAGAUGAUCUGCACCCGCGAGGAGGCCUGGAAGACCAAGGGCCGCGGCGCCGCCAACGACUCCACCCAGUUCACCGUGGCCGGGCGCAUGGUCAAGAAAGGUCUGGCUGCUCCCUCAGCUCUCCUCUCUCCAGUUCUCUCCAAACCCAAGACCAGCAGUCCUGCAAUCUCCAAACCACAAGAAGACUGGGAAGAAAUAUCCAAAAUGGAAGAGAUAGAGGCCAAGCCAGACAUGAACUUGGAGACAGACAGGAAGCUGGAUAAGCUUGAGUCCUUCCUGGGCAAGCUGAACAGUAAAGUGUCAGGCCUGUCAGAAACCACCAUCACAGUGACGGAGAAGAAGGUGAAGGAGGUGAUGGACCUUGACGAUGAGAUCUUCUCCAAGUUCUACCGCCACGCGGCUGAGCUGCCACAGCUGAGCUGCCAGGUGGACAUCGAGGAGGACUUUGAUGCCAUUUUCGGAACCCACAUGCCGAUGUUGACCUCCGACAUGGUGCAGCACAAGCGGGCAGUGCGACCUGCCCGGAAUGUUCCGGCGUCCAGGAACCCCUUGAGGAUGCUGGCGGCGAGGGAGGACAUCCGCCACGAGUACACGGAGCAGAGGCUCAACAUCGGCCUGCUGGAGAGCAAGAGGAUGAAAGCAGAGAAGAUGAGUAAGAACUCAGGUUUCUCGGAGGUUGCUCUAGCCGGCCUGGCCAGUAAGGAAAACUUUAGCAGUGUUCACCUACGCAGUGUCAGCAUUUCAGAGCAGAUGUCCAACAACAGUGCCUUGCCCUACAAGAAGCUCAUGCUGAUCCAGGUCAAAGGCCGCCGCCACGUCCAGACCAGGCUAGUUGAGCCCAGAUCAUCUUCGUUAAACAGCGGAGACUGCUUUCUGCUUGUCACACGCCAAUACUGCUUUAUUUGGACUGGGGAGUUUGCCAAUGUCAUUGAAAAGGCCAAGGCUGCAGAGAUGGCCGCCUUCAUCCAGACCAAGCGGGACCUGGGCUGCAAAGCAGACUACGUCCAGGUGAUCGAGGAAGGCAUCAACACACACAGCCACGCUGCUAAGGACUUCUGGAAGGUUCUAGGCGGACAGACCAGCUACCAGGCUGCUGGGACGCCCGAUGAGGACGAGCUGUACGAGGGCGCCAUCGUGGAGACCAACUGCAUCUACCGCCUGCUUGAUGACAAGCUGGUGCCCGAUGACGACUUCUGGGGCAAAGUCCCCCGCUGUACCCUGCUCCGACCCACAGAGGUGCUGGUGUUUGACUUCGGAAGCGAGGUGUACGUGUGGCACGGCAAGGAGGUGACGCUGGCGCAGAGGAAGGUGGCCUUCCAGCUGGCCAAGCACCUGUGGAACGGCACCUUCGACUACACCUGCUGCGACAUCAACCCCCUGGACCCCGGGGAAUGCAACGCCCUCAUACCCAAGAAGGGCCAAGGCCGUCCAGACUGGGCCGUGUUUGGGAGGCUGACUCAGCACAACGAGACCACCCUGUUUAAGGAGAAGUUCCUGGACUGGACCGACGCCAAGAAGACUCCUGCUGCCGGCGUAGUCACCGCCAAGAACGGCCACAAUCACCACAACGAACACAAGGAGCAGCAGGGAGCGGAGCAGCCACGCCCGUACGACGCCGCCCUCAUGCUGCCCCUCCUACAGACGGCGGUGCGCACCGUGCUGGACGGCCUGAGCGUGGGGCGGGGCUACGGCAUGGUGGAGGGCGAGGAGAGGCGGAGCUACGACGUGAGCACGCUGGCGGUGGAGGUGUGGCACAUCUUGGAGUUCGACUACAGCCGCCUGCCGCGUCAGAGCAUCGGCCAGUUCCACGAGGGCGACACCUACGUGGUCAAGUGGAAGUACAUGGUGAGCACGGCAGUCGGGAGGAGGCAGAACCCAGAGCAGGUGAGGACGGCGGGGGCCGGGAAGGAGAAGUGUUGCUACUUCUUCUGGCAGGGACGCAAUGCCACCGUCAGCGAGAAGGGGACGUCGGCGCUGAUGACCGUGGAGCUGGACGAGGAGAGAGGAGCACAGGUGCAGGUCCAGCAAGGGAAGGAGCCCCCCUGUUUCCUCCAGUGUUUUAAAGGAGGGAUGGUGGUCCAUGCUGGGAAGAGGGAGGAGGAGGAGGAGGAGAACUCCCAGAAUGACUGGCGCCUGUACUGCGUGCGAGGCGAGGCGCCCGUGGAGGCCCAUCUGCUGGAGGUGGCGUGCCACAGCAUCAGCCUGCGCUCGCGGGCCUCCAUGGCCUUGCUGAGCGUGAGCCAGGCUCUCAUCUACCUGUGGCACGGCUGCAAGACCCAGACGCACGCGCGCGACGUGGCCCGCACCGCCGCCAACAGGAUCAAGGAGCAGUGUCCGCUGGAGGCAGGGCUCCACACCAGCUUCAAGGUGACCAUCCAUGAGUUUGACGAGGGCUCGGAGCCCGUGGAAUUCUGGGAGGCACUGGGGAAGAGGGACAGGAAGACUUACGACUGCAUGCUUCAAGAUCCAGGGAAGUUUAACUUCACCCCCCGCCUGUACCAGCUCAGCAGCAGCUCUGGGGAGUUUGUUGCCACGGAGUUCUUCUACCCCGCAAGAGAGCCCAGCCUGGUCAACUCUCUGCCCUUCUUACAGGAAGACCUGUAUACUGCCUCCCAGCCAGCCCUGUUCCUGGUGGACAACCACCACGAGGUGUACCUGUGGCAGGGCUGGUGGCCCCAGGAUAUCGAGAGCCCCGGCUCCGCCCGCAUCCGCUGGGACGCGGACAGGAAGUGUGCCAUGGAGACGGUGCUGCAGUACUGCCAAGCGAAGAAUGAGAAGAAGCCCCCCAAAUCUUACCUGAUCCACGCCGGGUUGGAACCCCUGACCUUCACCAACAUGUUCCCCAGCUGGGAGCACCGCGAGGACAUCGCUGAUAUCACCGAGAGGGAGGCGGAGGUGUGUAACCAGAUCAUCCUGGUGGAGGACGUGCUGGCCAGGCUGUGUAAGACGGCCUACCCCCUGACGGAGCUGCUGGCCCGGCCGCUGCCCGAGGGCGUCGACCCCCUGCGCCUGGAGAUCUACCUGUCAGAUGACGACUUUGAGGAUGUGGGGGCUUAUGGGAAGAAAGCGUUGGAAAUGUCGAGAGAGGAGUAUGAGUGCUUGCCUGGCUGGAAGCAGGUGAACGUAAAGAAAGCCAAAGGACUGUUCUAGAACGUUUGGGUGGAGAGCAAGAGAAAGCUAGCGGGAGGAAGAUGGAGAUGAGCGGACAACAUUGGCGCGGUGUAAGUGGUGCAAGCCAGUGGGAACUCUAAAUAUUCAACCCCCCCAUCCAUGGAGACAUGCACGGGAGGGGGCGGGACGCUGGGGCGGAGGUGAGGACAGCGGAGGAGGUGUGGACAGCCUCUCGCCUUGGUUUUUUUCCCCUGCCUCUGUUCUUUGAUUUGUUUUUCACCUUUUCUGAGGCAAGAGAUGUGUGGCGUCUCUCUAGGAUGGACCUGUGUGCGUGCGUGCGUUUGUGUAUAAUGGACCAGGUCGUUUUUUUUUGUUUACUCCUUUUCUCCAUCCAUGUUGUUAUCUAUUUAUAUUGUGCUUCUACAGGACUGCUCAAGCCUGCACAUCCAUACAUUAUGGUCAGCCAUACAUCACCUUCCCUGACACCCCUGUCAGGCUGGGGAGUAGAUCUGUCACUCUACCCUCCAGCCCCCCUCUCUAUCUCCAGCUCUUCUUCAACGUCUGUCUAUGCAUUAUAAAUAAAUAGUAUUUAACACCACUUAAGGAACUGAAUAAAUAAAGAAGAGCCUUUUAUUGGUUGUUUUACAGCAGGACUGGGUGUCUGUUCUAGUGUUUUCUGUCUGAUGUGUGGGGUGUUCUGCACUGAGCCGUCAUGUCAGGUACUCAGGGGGUGCAGUUGGAUUUUAAAGUAUUGCAUCUUAUGAGGAGUGGGGUGGUAAUAAAUUCACCAAUGUAUAGUGCCUUGCUUUUGUGUACAGUUUCUAUACAGAUAAAAUAUUAGUCUGCAUUUUUAAGACUCUUUUUGUGAUAUAAAUGAUAUUAGAGAAAUAAACACUGAAAGUUGUUCAUCCUGA